AUGUUGAAUAAUAAUAAUGGAACUGUACCAAUGGACUGUGACAACCCGAGAAAUCAAUUUCAAACCACCCCGGGAGAUGUAGCUAGAGCAGUUGUACAUAAUGCCUUAGAAGCAUCAACAAAUUUUGUACCUUUUGCUCCAUUAUUAGACAUAUUUUUAAAAUUAGGUGAAGAUAUUGUGACAUUAUACCAAAAGGCUGAACAUAAUAAACGUUUAUGUAAUUAUCUAACAAAACGGGUAAAUUCGGCUGUGGCGGCUGUAAGGGAUUUAGAAAUUCGAAAACAAGAUAGCGCGGAUUUUUUUAUGGAACAAGCUAAUCUUCAACUUAUAAAAGAUUUUUUAAAAUGUAUGCUUGAUGUUAGAAAAUUCAUUACUGAUGUUUCUCAGCUCGGUUCAUUUGGUAACUUCUUUCAGGCUGGUAAUAUUGUACAAAAGUAUAAGGAUUUAUCGGGUAGAUUUGAUGGAUACAUGGCAUCUUUAAAUCUCGCGAUAAACAAAGCUACGUAUAGUUAUGUUCAAAACAUAAAUCAUAAUGUUGAAGAAUUGAGAAAAUUUGAUUUAGAGGUUGAACUCAAAUCUAUUAAAUCUGAUUUGGUUGAAAUGAAAAAGUUCAUGUCUGAUAUGGCCGCCGAUGGUAAAACUGGUUCAGACGAAACUACCUUUACAGAUAUCAAAAGAAUUAGAGAAUUAAACAACCGUUAUCAACGUGAACAACGUAAAGGCAAUGAAAUCACAAUUGAGCCUGCAAACCUUUUAAAAUUAGACGAUUACGAACCUAAAUAUGAAUCUGAACCCCGUGGUAAAACUAUUCACUGUAGAUGGAAUAAUACGUUCCUUUUAGAAUAUGCAUUUAAAGAAAUUCCUCAGAUCAGUGAUGAACAAACUGAAAAAGAAAUUGGUCAACAAGUUGCUAUUCUUAAAGAAUUAAAAAAUUCAGAGCACAUUAUUAAGUUUUAUGGAAUAGCAAAGUCUAGUGAUGGUUCAAAAUUUUAUUUGGUAACAGAAUGGAUGGAAAAUGGUACUUUACAAGAAUAUUAUAAAAAAUUUACAUUGAAUUGGACUCAAAAAUUCGAAUUUGCAAUUGAUAUUUGUCGUGGAAUUGCUUUCUUAAAUGCUGUCGAGAUCUUACAUCACGAUAUUAGAGGUGCAAAUAUUUUAAUAAGUGGAAAUCACAAGGCUAAAAUUGCUAAUUUUGGUUUAAGUCGUAAGUUCAGAGAUAUUACUAGAAAUAUUCAAGUAAAUCUUGAGAAUGUAAGAUAUAUGGCUCCCGAGAAAUUAGAACAUGGUGAUAAAAAACGAUAUACUGUUAAAUGUGAGAUUUAUAGUUUGGGAGCUCUUUUAUGGGAAAUUGCUGAAGAAAAAGCACCUUAUACGAAUGAAGGAAUAGAUUUGCAAACUAUUCGAUACCGUGUUGUAAAAGAGAAAUAUCGUGAACCAUUUUAUUCAGAUGUACCCAAAGUUUGGCGGGACAUUACAUAUGCAGCUUUAAGUCACGAUCCAGAUUUUCGUCCAACAAUUUCUAAAAUAUUUACAAUACUUUUUGAUUACCAUCACAAAGAUGAAAAAAGACCUCCUCCAACUGUGGAUGAAUUUGAAACAGAAUUUGUAAUUGAUGAUGAUUUUAUGACUGUAGAAGCUGCAGUUAAGGAGCAUCGAAAACCCGAUGGCAAUAAACGAAAAGCAUGGGAUUGCUUCAACCAAUUCGCUAAUCAAGGUGACGUAGACGCAAAAUAUUGGGUUGGUUAUUAUCUAUAUCACUCUGUCCUUCCUGAACAUAAGGACAAUCGUCAAGAAAAUCUUCAACGUGCUGCAAGAUUGUUUAAAGAAACUGCUGAUUGUGGUAAAGUUGAGGCUCAACUCCGAUAUGGGUUCUGUUUAUGGCAAGGCGAUGGUGUUCCAGCAGAUUGGGAUGAGGCUAUGAGAUAUCUAAAAUUGGCUGCUGAUAAUGGAAAUCCUACGGCUAUGUAUAAUGUUGGAAGUGCUUAUUGGAUUGGAAAAGGUGUAGUUAAAGAUCAGGAAAUUGGUUCAAAGUACUUAAAAAUGGCUGCUAAGAAAGAUCAACAUAAUGCUAUUUCUAUGUGCAAGAAACUCGGAAUUACUUUUUAA